CCGACGCGCGCCGACGACAGAAGCGUUCCUCUCGCGCCGCGGUCUGCGCGCGCGCACCGCCUGAUUAACGCGCGGGAAAACUUGAUUUAUCACGUCGCGUUGAAAAAAUAAAUCGACGGGCGACCGGGACACGUGAUGGAGGGUCAGGAGUGGCGGGACGAGUGGCAUCAGCCACGUCUCAUGGAUGGUGGUUUAUCAAGUAAUCAUUGUCCAAGGGCGACAUUCCUUCAGCAGUCCAUCGCAGAGCGCGUCGGACGGGACCCUGAACAGAUACCGACUCUACCUCUACAUCACCCUAUUGGAGAUAAUGCGGUAUGCGGUCGUAGUACCUAUUCGCCACUGCAGGCGCUCAGCGAGAGCACAUGUCGGGACCACGCCGCGCAGCCCGCGCCCCAACACCCACCUAUACCACAGCCUCCACGACUACAGGUGACAUCACAAAAUGUAACCCUCCACCCGGCGGUCGCGCGUUGCUCGGCGAGCCUUGAGCUAGCAGCACUCUGGCGCAGCUUUCACGAGCUGGGCACAGAGAUGAUAGUGACAAAGGCAGGUCGCCGCAUGUUUCCGGCGCUACAAGCACGUCUCGCGGGACUCCUGCCCACAGCCGACUAUCUACUGCUGGUUGAUUUCGUACCACUUGAUGACAAGAGAUACAGAUAUGCUUUCCAUAGCUCGAGCUGGGUGGUUGCGGGCAAAGCGGAUCCUGUGUCUCCGCCUCGUAUCCACGUGCACCCUGACUCGCCCGCCGCUGGCGCACACUGGAUGCGUCAGCUCGUCUCCUUCGAUAAACUCAAGCUCACCAACAAUCAGCUUGAUGACAACGGACACAUAAUCCUGAACUCUAUGCACCGCUACCAGCCGCGCCUGCACGUGGUGUACUUGCCAGCAGAGGGCGCGCGGCCCGCCCCCACCCCCGCCACCGUGCCAUACCGCACAUUCGUCUUCCCGGAGACCGGAUUCACUGCUGUUACCGCCUACCAGAACCACCGGAUAACACAAUUGAAAAUAGCAAGCAAUCCAUUCGCUAAAGGAUUCCGAGACUGUGACCCUGACGACUGCCCACCGGAACAAAGCCAGCAGAGAGCAGUGGCACGGCGGCGCGAGGCGACAGCUCCGGAGCCCUGCCCUGCGCUGGCACAACCCUACGCCGCCGAGCCCAGCGCGUGCGGACCUCUUUAUGCUCACGCGCAUACAGUGCGAUAUCAACCACACGCGGGACCAAACACAACAUACAGCGCAUACUAUGCACAUAGAUAGUGCGUAUACAAAAGGAGUUUGUGAUAUAUUAAUGUAAAAUAUCAAUCAGUAGAUAUUGUAAGGUUGUAGGAAAAGAGUGAGAGGAUCCUUUUAGAUGUAAAGAAAUACAACACGGAGGGAUUGAAAGGAAUACGAAUUUCCAUACGAUCAAUACAUUUUUGUCCUACUCACGAAGUACGACAAAUUUAUCUAGACUGGUGGGCAAAAGUGGAACUAAAGCUAACAGGCGCCAUCUAUCAAUAUUAAAUAUGUGCCUUAAGAUUCUUGUUUUGUUUUGUGUCAUUUAAAUGCCUGAUUUCUGUAUUAAAACGGUGUCAGCGCCUCUUUUACCGGGCAGAUAAAUUUGUGGAAUUAAACGCAUAAUCUGUUUACAAAAAUGGACUUCUAAUCUAAAUUAAUUUAAAUUGGAAAUCGUAUAAAGCAAUGACUUCAUCUUGGAUAUUUUAGUAUAAAAAGAUAAAAAAUACGUCGAUUUUUUUGUUAUAAAAUCGAGGUAAUUUUGUCUCCGUGUUCAAAAUCACGAUGUGUAAAAACACAACGAAGUAGAUAAUAUUUCAUCGAAAUUUAAAACGAUAAAAUGAAGUUACCAACUUAUCUUCUCUCUCGCUCUAUCAAUGACGUCACUUUGACACAAAUGUUUAUAUUUUAAUUGUUUAUUAUCUGUACUUAGAAAUUAGGAAAUAAUUUUAUUAAUUUUACUUAAUUUUUCUUAAUUUUUCGUAACAUAGAUAUGUCACGUUCAAGUAAAUUUAAGUUACUUAAGUUCUUUCAUUUAGAUAAACGUUGCUAAAUGUUUCGAAAAUUGUAUUUUAAUUUAGUACCUAUACUAUUCAUGUAUUUUGUAAUAUGAGGUGACUUUGGUUGGGUCAAAAGAUGGUUCAAAAGUUGGGUCAAAUAUUGGACCAAAAGUUGGGUCAAAUGUUGGACCAAAAGUCGGGUCGAAAUAGUUUAUGCAACGUUUAUUUCUUUUUGCUGUUACCAAUAUUCUUGUAAUAACCUAAGAGUAACUUCAUUCGAUGCAUUCAAAUUCAUUUUAAAAGCAAAUGAAAAUGAGUGCAAACCAGUCAGUGCCAAAUGUAACCAAAGAGUAUUUAUAAAUAAAAAGAUUUGGUAAAUAUUACUGUAUAUUUAUUUAAAUCUAGAAAAUAAAGAUUAUACAACGAAUUGUCUUUUUCAUUAU